CUAUCUAGCCCUCGCUUCAGCUUACCCAUUUGACUGACAUGCAGGGGAGGAGGGCGACCUCCGUACUUUCAACAUUCCUGGAUCUGGGGUGAACCUACGUACGUACUUGUAGACUCGGUAAUCUGGCUCCAAUAUGCGCAUAGAGUAUCUUCUCCCGUCCGCCCUGGUGCUUGUCACUUGACGCUGUCGCUCCUCCCCAAAGGUACUCCUACUCCUCCUCCACCCGCCCCCCCUCCCAACGCCGCCGCGGGACGACAUCGACCACAAUGGCCGCGUCACAUUCUCCAGGCUCUGGGAUACCCACGCCUUCACCUUCCACCUCUCGCCGGUCCGCCGCUCCUGCUGGGCCCAAGCUGCGCGACAGCUGCUAUGCCUGCGCAUCGUCCAAGGUGAAGUGCCACAAGGAGAAACCAACGUGCUCCCGGUGCGCAAAACGCGGUCUCGUCUGCGAAUAUGUUGCUACCAGACGCGGAGGUCGCACGAAUCAUGAACGUCGUUCAACCGUGAGCGAGGGUAGCAGUUGCACUACCACGGCCAGCAGCAGCAGUACCAUCAACGUAAAGCAUAGCAUGCACCCCCCUGGCAACUGGUUCGCCACCAACUCCAUGGUCUCGGCCGACUACCUACCCUCACCAGCCCUCGUCGACCCUUCGCCGAGACCGACAGCGCCCGGGACCUCCUCUUCCAGCCUCUUCCCAAAUGUCGGUCCCGUGAAUCCGGAUCCGGCACUAUCCUCCUCGGGCAUGCCGGAAUACUCCACCGCGGACCUUGACGACUUUUUCGCGUCACCCAUGUCUUUCUCCAUGCCUGGCACGGUCGACCCGGACCCCGACCCCGCAGACCAGGCGCACUUCUUCUCCACGGGUAUCGACAGCAGCAGCAGCAGCCACGGGGGCGGCAGCGCAAGCGGACCGGGCAGCAACGGCACCAGCGCCACGACCCUCCUCGACACCUUCGCCUUCCUCGAGGACACCCUCUUCGAGAUGCAUCCGCUCUCCCACCCACGCUCCACCCCAAAUAGCGGCGCCUCCCCAGCCAACUACGAACAACCGCCCUACCAAGCCUCUUCCACCUCAGCAGCAGCAGCAGCCGACUCCGCGCCCUGCUGCUGCCUCGUCCAGGCGCUAGGCUUCAUGAAGCAGCUCUUCCCCAACACGUCGACGGCCUGUGCCGCCUGGGCCAAGCAGGACGGCGGGGGGCACCACGAGGGAACUGCCACGCCGCCGACGAUCCAGACGGUGAUCGCCAAGAACCGCGGCACCAUCGAGGCCAUCGGGUCGAUGCUGCAGUGCUCGUGCUCGCACGACGGCUUCCUCCUCUCGCUCAUGGCGCUCAUCGUCUUCAAGGUGCUCAGGUGGUACGCCGCUGCGGCAGGCAAGGGCAGAGGGGCCGGUCUGACCAACAGCAGUAGCAGCAGCAGUAGCAGCAGCAGCAGCGUCGUCGAUGGUGGUAGCGGACGACACCUGUGCCACCUGGAGCAGGUGCUGCACGCGCCCGCCGUGGUGGGCAGCUACUGCCUCGAGGGCGAGGACUCGGCGCACAUGGCGGCGCAGCUGGUGCUGAGCGAGUUGCACCGCGUGCAGAGGCUUGUCAACCAGCUGUCGGCGAGGCUCAAGGAGUGCAUGGACGGCGAGGCGGCGGGCGGGGCAGACGAGGAGGGGGGACGCGGGGGGGAACCCGGGUCGGCGUUUUCGGCUGUGAUUCUUGAUCACUUUGGGAUGGACUUGAGGAAGCAGCUUAGGGCGCUGUCGUUGGAGAUUGUGGAUGGGCUGAGGAAGGAGUGAAGGGAGGGGG